UUAAGCUUUUGUGUAAAAGGACCACCACACAAACCUUAGACAAAAGCCCCUUUUUUUGGUACAUCAACUACCAAGUAUUGAGCCAUGAAGGUUGGGAGCCAGAUGAAGCAGAUGGGGAAGCUGAACAAGGCGCUCAAGGAGCAGAGGGCCAAGCUCUACAUCAUCCACCGCUGCGUCGUCAUGCUCCUCCGCUGGAGUGAUUGAUCCAUCCGUCGAUCUGUUCACGACAGAUCGAUGUACGAUCAAUCGUUUGUUUCAGCCGAUCAAUCCCUUCUGUUUUGGAUCUUUUUUCGCCCUGCCGAUGAUGCAUUCGGCAGGGCUGCAGA